GUGACUCUCUGGGAAUGGCGGCCAUGGAAGAGGAAUACCAAGACGGUGUUACCCGCUCCCUCAGCCCAGAGUACUUGAAAAUGGAAGUCGAAGUGGAUCCUGCACCAGAGGUUCCCGCAGCAGCCGAGGGGGCUGCCUGCAGUGCAGGAGCUGCCGACUUUGCAGCGGAUGACCCCCUCAAGGGCCAGCUGGAUGACGACGAUGAAGAUGGCCACAUUCUGACCCAAAAGGUCCACAUGAGCCAGGGAAGUGACACCAAACACGACACGGAUCAGGGUGAAGCUGAGCCCGAGCAACUGCAGCUGGCUGCGCAGCGUCCUGCGGAUGCUGGGGGUCGAAAGAGGGGCCGACCAAGGCGGCGACGAAGGCAGUUUAGCUUCACAGACGGGCAGGUGCAGGAGCUGGAAACUGUUUUCCAAGACACGCAGUACCCAGAUGGCCUCAGGAGAAUGGAGCUUGCAAGCAUCCUGCGUGUGCCUGAAUCCAGAGUGAAGGUUUGGUUUAACAAUCGGAGAGCCAAAUACCGGAAAGCUGUGAGGGAAGCUCUGCUCGGGAGCUCACCCCCUGAUUCCCAGGACCACGCUGUCACUGAGGAAGAGUAA